UUCAGAAUGACUGAAGAAGCAUGCCGAACACGGAGUCAGAAACGAGCGCUUGACCGGGACCCAGCAGAGGACGAUGUGGAGAGCAAGAAAAUAAAAAUGGAGAGAGGAGUGUUGGCUUCAGAGUUAAACGCUGACGGAGACAUGAGAGUGACGCCCGAGCCGGGAGCAGGCCCAGCCCAAGGGUUGCUGAGAGGCACAGAGGCGAUGGCCAUGGGCAGAGGCGAAGGGCAGGUGGGCGAUGGGCCCGUGGACAUGCGAACCACACACAGUGACAUGAAGUCCGAGAGGAGAGCCCCUUCGCCCGACGUGAUCGUACUCUCUGACAACGAGCAGCCUGCGAGCCCGAGGGUGAAUGGGCUGACCGAGGAUGCCUUGAAGGAGACCAGCACUGAGGCCCUCAUGAAAAGCAGUCCUGAAGAACGAGAAAGGAUGAUUAAGCAACUAAAAGAAGAGUUAAGAUUAGAAGAAGCAAAACUCGUUUUAUUGAAAAAGUUGCGGCAGAGUCAAAUACAAAAGGAAACUACCACCCAGAAGCCCGCAGGCUCCACUGGGAGCUCUGUGACCACCCCUCCCCCGCUUGUACGGGGCACCCAGAACAUUCCUUCCGGCAAGCCAUCACUUCAGACCUCUUCAACUCGGAUGCCUGGCAGUGUCAUCCCACCACCCCUGGUCCGUGGCGGGCAGCAGACGUCCUCGAAGUUAGGGCCACAGGCGAGCUCACAGGUCGUCAUGCCCCCACUCGUCAGGGGGGCCCAGCAGAUACACAACAUCAGACAACAUUCCAGCACGGGGCCACCGCCGCUCCUCCUGGCUCCCCGGGCAUCUGUGCCCAGUGUGCAAAUUCAGGGACAGAGGAUCAUCCAGCAGGGCCUCAUCCGCGUCACCAACGUCCCCAACACUAGUCUGCUCGUCAACAUCCCACAGCCCUCCCCAGCGUCGCUGAAAGGAACGACAGCCACUUCUGCUCAGGCCAACUCCACCCCCACCAGCGUGGCCUCCGUGGUCACCUCUGCUGAUUCUCCAGCCAGUCGGCAGGCAGCUGCCAAGCUUGCACUGCGCAAACAGCUGGAGAAGACGCUGCUUGAAAUUCCCCCACCCAAACCCCCCGCCCCUGAGAUGAACUUCCUACCCAGCGCUGCCAACAACGAAUUCAUCUACCUGGUCGGCCUGGAGGAGGUGGUGCAGAACCUGCUGGAGACGCAAGCGGGCAGGAUGUCAGCCGCCGUUGUGCUGUCCCGGGAGCCCUACAUGUGUGCACAGUGCAAGACGGACUUCACGUGCCGCUGGCGGGAGGAGGAGGGCGGCGCCAUCAUGUGCGAGAACUGCAUGGCGUCCAACCAGAAGAAGGCACUCAAGGUGGAGCAUACGAGCCGCCUGAAGGCCGCCUUCGUGAAGGCGCUACAGCAGGAGCAGGAGAUCGAGCAGCGCCUCCUACAGCAGGGCUCCACCCCCGCUCAGGCCAAGGCCGAGCCUGCUGCCGCCCCACACCCUGCGCUGAAGCAGGUCAUAAAACCCCGGCGUAAGUUGGCGUUCCGCUCAGGAGAGGCCCGCGACUGGAGUAACGGGGCUGUGCUACAGGCCUCCAGCCAGCUGUCCCGGGGCUCGGCCACAACGCCCCGAGGUAUCCUGCACACGUUCAGCCAGUCACCCAAACUGCAGAAUGCAGCCUCGGCCACAGCCCUCGUUAGCAGGACCGGCAGACAUUCCGAGAGAGCCGUGAGCGCUGGCAAGGGCACCGCCACCUCCAACUGGAAGAAGGCGCCCCUGAGUACAGGUGGGGCCCUUGCAUUUGUCAGCCCGAGCUUGGCGGUGCACAAGACCUCCUCAGCUGUGGACCGCCAGCGGGAGUACCUCCUGGACAUGAUCCCACCACGCUCCAUCCCCCAGUCGGCCACGUGGAAAUAGUGCGAGCCGGGCCCAGUGGAGAACAGGCUCCCUCCUCCCUCCCGCCUGGCCCCACCACCCUCCACUCGGGAAGACGCCCUGCUCCCUGAGAGGGCGAGUAAGCGCCGGCCGCGCUGCGGAAGUGAGAGUUCCGAUCUUGGCUGCAAAGUCUCAUCGACGUGGGGGGACCACUUCACAGGUGGACCAGGAUUAUUACUGGGGACCUUUCCCAUGGGCUUUCUUCCUUUCUUUGCCUUUAGUUUGCCCAACACCAGCAGAAAAGCGGACCUUGGGGGCUGGUUCUGCUCCUCGCCCUCUCCUUCGGCCCCCUGAAGGGCACAUGGACGGCUCACCCUAGACACUGUGACACGCUCGGGCAGUGGCGCCCGGGGCUUCUGAAGUUGAGCGGAGCAUUCUGUUUUGUUUUUGCUUUUCCCUCUGUCUUAGCCUCCUAAUCUUUGACUGCCUUCCUUCAUGGCAAUCUCUAGGUUGACAGAUUUUUUUUAAUCACCUCACGAUGAUGGAGUUUAAUGUAAACCAUGCAGACCCAGGGUUCCCUGCCAAGCACGGCCCCCAUGCCCUGGAGCGUGGGCCUCUGACCACCCAGCCCUUGCUCCAGCAGAAGGCCUCUGCUGCUGCUCGUCCCAGAGACCCCCGACCUUCCACACUUAAGCAGAAGAACAAACUGCAACCCAGACCCAGCCAGAGAGCCCGGGAUCCUGGAAGCCGAGAACCGUCAACAGAGUAGGGAGGAGAGAAUUGGCAGCGACAUCCAGAGCCUGAGCGGGAAGUUGGAGGGGCUGGCUGUUGUGUUUUUUUGUUGUGGUGGUUUAUUUUAUUAAAUUCUUUCCUUUUCUUUU